AUGUUGACGACUUCUUUGCUUGCCGAGAGGUUCCAGAAUUUUGGGGGGAGCUCAGAUCAGAUCAGCUUAUCGAACCGUCCGUGCAGUUUUCGACAGCUUCGUCACCGUCACCACACACACACAUUCUCUGAUCCAACACCGCACACCGAUCAAACAGGGAGGAAUACAGGCAAGAUGGGUGGUCUUAACUUGGAGGUCUUCAAGUUCGGAAUGUACAUCAUGUUCCCCAUCGGAAUCAUGUACUACUUUGGCACCAACCUCGAUUCGAGAUUCUCCGUCCCCGAGUUCUGGCCCAAGCCCGAGAACGCAAACAGGAUCCCGCUCGAGAGGGACGAGAUCGAGGCUGAGCUGCAGCGGUUGAGGGCUCGGAGGUUGUAUCUUAGGGAGAAGAGGUUGGGGGAGCAGGGGGGGCAGCAGCAACCACGCGAUCAGCAGGAGUAAGAGGUUGGAGGGGGAAGGUAUGAUAUGUGUAUGAUCGAGGGCAUGGUGCGCAUUUUUGGGCGUUUGGGUUAUAUCAAAACACUCUCUGCUUUCUUUGGUUCGGGACUGGUUGGGGUGGGGGGAAUUGAUUGUGUUGUACAUUUUCCAUGUUAAAAUACAAGUCUAUAUACACAGGAUAGGA